AUGGGUUCAGGAUGCGACAUCAUAUAUCGAACGAGAGGACUCUUCAGCGUUCCAAUCGCCUUGGACUCAAAGAUGUUGACUAAUGUCUGGGCAACAAUCAUCGGAAGGCAUCAAUGUCUCAGAACGUUCUUUGUUGGAGCUUCAGAGAACUCGUCUGGCCACCUACUAUACAGCGUGGUGCUCCGGCAGCUUCCCAAAUCGGCGCAGGUUGUCUCGGAGGAUUUUAUGUGUGCGACCUUGCAAGACGUGCGGGAUCAUCUGGCUAUGGCACCAACACAAGAGAUCCCUGACUAUGUUCACCAAAUUAAAACCUACGGUGGCCUCGAUUCAGAUACCAUGAGAGUCCUCAACAGACGACGACUUUGCAAGAUCGACAUUCCUCAUAUGGUCGUUGACGGGGCGUCGCUGUAUAUUCUACUGGAAGAAAUGAGACAGGCGCUUCUGUCCGGUGGCACAGCUUUACAAAGCCUUCCAUUACCGACACCGUAUGAAAGAUACAUCGAAUACCUACAGAGUACGCAACAACGGGAGGAUGCCGCAUUGGACCAUUGGACUCAGUACCUAGCCGGCGCCGUGCCGUGCCAUUUUCCGUCGUUUUGUACACCUCCUGCAGAGCGCAGCCUUUCCAAGGCCGCCACCUCCAGCUCACCUCCAGUCACAUCGGGCGCAAACAAUACCCUGCCUCUCUACAUCGACUAUUCGGAUCUACGUGCCUUCUGCCGUCAACAGAAUGUGACCAUAUCCAACGUCAUCCAGGCCGCCUGGGCCAUCUUGCUGUAUACCUACACGGGACAGUCUGACAUAUGUUAUGGGUACCUUGCUUCCGGAAGAAAUGUUCCAAUCCCCGGGUCCGCAACCAUUGUGGGGCCAAUGAUGAAUUUGCUUGUCAACCGAGUCGACUCUGUCGGGCCGUUGUCACUCGAAGCCGUUGUCAGCAAAGUGCGUGAUGACUUUAUCAACGCGCUGCCGCAUCAAGCAUUUCCUCUACACAAAGUGCAGAGCCUCCUUGGUCUAGCGCAAACGAGACUCUUCAACACUAUUGUCACAUCGUACUAUGCGCCAUUCAUGCUCUUAGACGACGAAGACGAACAAAAUCCAGUUAAGCUGCUCGAGUCUCACAACGCCUCCAAUUUCGAAUUGGUCUUGAAAGCCGUAUACUCCGACAGUGACAUACGGAUUCGACUGGUUUAUUCCACCUCAACCUUGUCUGAUCACGCGGCCAAGGGGGUUGCUAUGACAUUUGAGACCAUCUUGCACAAAAUGACAACAGCUUCAGGCCCAGGCUCCCAGACAGUUGCCAUGAUGGACGUGAUCAGCCCCCAGGAUCGUGUGAUUGUGACCGAAUGGAAUCGGAAAUCUUCUACGGCUAUUGAUGAUGAGAUCAUCUCUCCAGGUUGCGUUCAUUAUCAUAUAAUCAACAGGGUUAGGCUCCAACCCUUGGCUCCGGCUAUAUGUGCCUGGGAUGGUCACAUGGACUACCAAACAUUGGACACGGUCUCGACAAACGUAGCCCGACAGAUCUGCUCCACGGGAGUCGGCCCAGGCGUCUUCAUACCAUUAUGUUUCGAGAAGUCUAUGUGGUUCACAGUCGCACUUCUUGCAGUGCUCAAAAGCGGCAACGCGUUUGUCCCUUUCGAUCUUACGAAUCCCUUAGCCAGGAUUGCCAAGAUGAUAGAAACCCUCGGCUGCGAUCGACAGGAUGAUGGACCUUUACCUCUCAUACUCUGCAGCCGGAUGCAGCAAAGCAGAUGUUCGCCACUUGCUCAUGAGGUAUUGGUGAUCGAUGGAGCAUACGCCCAACAAAGCGUGCCCAGCGGGCGACUCUUUGAAAUAAUGGAACGACCGGCGUUGCCACGCAUCCCUCCAAGCCACCCAGCAUAUGUCAUGUUCACCUCGGGCAGCACUGGAGUCCCGAAAGGUGUCGUUGUAGAGCACGGGUCUUAUUCCUUCGCGGCACAUGCUCACAAAAGUGGGCUGAGACUUGAUGAGACAAGCCGUGUGCUUCAAUUUGCCUCUUAUGGCUUCGACACUUGCAUAGAAGAUCAUCUUUCAACCCUAAUUUCAGGUGGCUGUCUUUGCAUUCCGUCCGAGGCUGAUCGACUUGAUCUGGGUGGUCUAGCCGACUUUGCAAGGACAAGCCGUGCCAAUUGGGCUCACCUUACACCAUCACUAGCCGACAGUUUUACACCGGCUGACGUCCCAAGCAUAAAGACAAUUGUGUUGGGUGGUGAGCCCAUGACCGCGCGAAACGUUGCGACCUGGGCGAGACCAAGCAAUCCAUCGGCGAUACCCGGUGAUCAAGCCUUGAUACAGGUAUAUGGGCCCUCGGAAUGCUGUGUGACAAGCUCAAUCCAUUGCCCUGUAUCUCCCGGAUCCCCAGAGAUGGACAUAGGCACGCCGGUCCCAGGAUGUGCCCUAUGGAUUACGCACAUUGACAACACAAACUUGCUCUGCCCCAUUGGCGUUACCGGCGAGCUACUAGUUGAAGGUCCGAUUCUAGCUCGUGGUUAUCUUGGUCAACCUGACCUCACGUCCGCCGCAUUCGUUGAAGGCCUCUCGUGGGCUUCCGACAACGCCCGGAGAUUCUACCGUACAGGUGAUCUUGUUCGCCAUGUUUACGACAAUCACGGCCACAUUCGACUGCACUUCGUGGGACGAAAAGACAGCCAAGUGAAGAUACACGGCCAGAGGAUUGAAUUAGGCGAGAUAGAAAGAACCCUGUCUUUGGCACCUGAGAUACGGCAGACCCUGGUUACAGUCCCACGCCGGGGACCGUGCCAGAAUCAGCUUGUGGGCUUUAUCUCAUUCUCGGCCACGGAGUCAGUGCCGAAGACGUCCAAACCAUCAGCCGGGUGCAGCUCAGGCAGUGACCAGCCUGGGAUGAAUCUUUUGGGCGGCUCCUGGCGGUCUUAUGUCCGCGAUGUGGUGGAAUUGUUGCAAGACAGUCUCCCUUGUUACAUGGUACCAGAAAUCUUCAUUUGUGUCGAGGACGUCCCGAAGAACAUGUCGGGGAAGUUGGAUAGGAUGUGGGUGCAGGCAUAUCUCGAGGGACUCGACAGGAGCGACUAUCACGACAUCACAUCCCGGAUCAGCGGUGGACAGCACCAGGAUGAUUUUCGUGCUGGAAGUGAGAUCGAAAAAAUAAUGCGAACCUUGUGGAGCGAGGUCCUUCGCCUUCCCGAGUCCCAGAUCCUCUGGGAUACUUCGUUCUUUUUCCUCGGUGGGGACUCGAUCUCGGCAAUGAUGAUCAGCCACGCAGCUCGGAAGAAAGGGAUUGCCUUGACAGCAGGCGAUAUCAUGCGCCACCGCCGAAUUGACCGGCUGGCUGAAGCUAUAUCCAGGGACCUGAGACCACUAAAUGAGCCCAAGCUGACUGCGCUUUUGCCCGAGAGACUCGUUAGCCAGCAACCAUUUCCCCUGUCUCCGAUCCAGCGACUGCAUUUUUCAACACACGGUGCCAGCGGUGAUAGCCUUGACCAGCAGACAUUGGUUAUCGAGUUAAUAAAAACCAACAGCUUCCAGAAUGACAAUCGGAAGCUUUUCAAGGAGGUGUUCACUCAGCUUCUCAAGGUCCACCCCAUGCUCCGGGCAAGGUUCCGUGUCGAUGAAGAGCUGAGAGUUCAACAAACGAUAGCUGCCGAGGAAGACAAAAACAACUUGCGCCUGCGGCUACACAGCGACUCUGAGACCGAAUAUGUCUUUGACUGUGUCACAGAAGCUAUCCUCAGCAUCAAUCUAUCCAAAGGCCCGCUGAUCGCCGUCGACAUAUUUCAGGGUGAGGGAAGCAGUAUACUACUCUCAAUAAGCAUUCACCACCUUGUCAUCGACACUGUAUCGUGGCGUAUCAUCCUGAGAGACCUUGAGAGUACUUUGAGAUCCGGCGGGCUGAUAUCGCCGGAUCCAGAACCUGUGUCUUUCCGGGAGUGGUCAUUUGCUCUUGCCGACGAAUUCUCGACGCAGGAUGCCGAGGAACACCUCGUAGACAUUAGUACUGGUCGAGAGCCCAAUGCACCUCCACCCAACGAAACACGUCGAGAUCGUUGGGGGAUGCAAGGAAAUUCGAAUACUUUCAAUGACAUCGUGGUCCGGACUUUUGAACUGGAUGCAGGGCGAUGUGCGCCCUUGAUGGCGCAUUUGGAACCGACCAGCUUUGGACUUCUAGACUUGCUUUGUUCUGCCCUGUUGACAUCAUUUCACGCGGUGUUUUCGCGAUUGCCUGAGCUUUACCUGGAGGGACACGGUCGGGAACCCUUCCGUGACACGUUCACUGAUAUUGGCGGCGUUGUGGGAUGGUUCACUACAUUCGCGCCGUUGGUUCUUCCUCGAGCCCAUGAUCCCGGUCUCGAAGAAUGGUCCGGUAUCAUGGAGCAAGUUUUUGAAGCGAGACAGAAAAUGCAUCUGAAUGGUCUUGCAAGUUUUUCUCGUCAGCAGUUGGGGGCACAGACUGAACAGACCUGCCGCACUCCCAUGGAAAUCACACUCAACUACCUGGGAGCAUUUCAGCAACUCGAUAACACUGUCGAAACGGAUUCCAUGUUCCGUCUUCAUGACGAAGCUCAAUUGCAGGCCCGUUUGUCGGAUCUGAAGCUUCAGCAGCGAGCCAGCUCAACCAGAUACAGCCUCAUUUCUGUCCAGUUCAGACAGACAAAAGAGAAACUCUGUGGAGAAAUCACAUGGAAUUCAAAGAUGGAUCGGCAGGAUGAUUUGUUGGCGUGGGCCAACCUUUUCGAGAGACUUUUGAGUGACAUACAGCCAAUGAGUACGAAGACGACACAAAGUUUACUCGGCGAGAACCAUCAUGCCGAAUUUGCUCAGCGCUCUGGGCCUAUGGUGAAGCCUGCGACGACGCAUACGAGUCCGGAGACUGCAGAUCGAAUUCUCAGUUUUGCCCAUGAUCGAUUGGGGCUUGGCAUAGAAGACAUCGAACACAUAUACCCGUGCUCGCCGAUCCAAGAAAGCAUCAUGGUUUCCCAGCUCAAAACCCAGCACGAAUCUGCUCUUGAUGUCUAUGAGCAACAGUUCCUGUUCGAGGUGAUUCCAUCGGAUGCAUCGAGCAAGAUCGACAUUUUUCGGCUUCAUGAGGCAUGGCGGGAGAUUGUCCGACGACAUGCUAUCAUGCGAACCAUCUUUGUCGAGGAUAAUUCCGGGUUUUUCCAAGUCGUGUUGAGGAGGCACUCACCUGAUGUUCAAGUCAUUUUUGCGCAUGAAGAUACCACGACGGAUAUCCCGGGGCUACAGAGCAUGCGGCAGGAGCACCGGCUCAAGCACCCAUUAUCUGGCUCGGUUUUGCACAAUCUCACCAUAAUCGAGCGGCCGUCCACUGAGGGCGCGUCGCGUGUGUUCUGUAGGCUCACGAAAAGCCACCUAAUAUCGUGCGGCUAUACGUCGCGCCUCCUGAUCAAGGACCUCUUGGAGGCAUACGACGGGCGCGAUGGGCAUCCACGUGGGAAGUACUCACAAUUCAUUGAAUACGUCUUUCAACAGGACAUUCAGGAGAUGACCAAGUGGUGGACCGAAUUUCUGGAGGACGCAAGUCCUUCCAUACUUCCUCGGACUCUUAGAAACCCACCUGAAGCCAGAGACAAGCCGAGCGCGCGCGCUUCAAGCAGCACCAAAUUCCAUCGUGUGGGUGCGGCUAUCAAAGACAAACAGUCGCUCACCUUCGCCUGCCAACAACAUGACUUGUCGUCAACUUCAAUCAUGUGCGCGGCCUGGAGCAUCACACUGAGGACAUAUAUGGGCAACCCGGAUGACGUGUUAUUCGGUUUGAUGUUCUGGGGCAGAGAACUCCCCAUACCGGAAGCGCACGACAUCGUGGGCCCGAUGAUAAAUAUGCUUCCAGCACGGGUUCAUUUCAAAUCAGGCAUGACAGUGAGAGAGGUAUGCCACACCUUCCAGAGGAGCUACAUUGAGCAACUGUCGAGACAGACUGUGCCAUUGGGCAGGAUUCAAAAUGCCGUCGAUUCACUUCGCGGCCGCGGUCAAAUGUUCAACACGAUGAUCAACGUGCAAAAGGUCAGAGGAGUCCGAGAUGAUCAGGAUCGAAAACAAACUCGUGCCAAGCUCCUCUUGUCACACGAUACAACCGAGUUUGAUGUGGUACUAAGUGUGACCGAGACAGAGCAUGGGAUGGACAUGUCGCUUGAAUUCCGCGACGACUUCAUGUCCCAGGUCCAGGCUGAGAGGCUCCUACAAGUCUUCACCGGCGUUGCAGAAACCAUUGUCAAUUCUCCGUCCUGCGCUAUCGACUCGCUCAACGUGGCCACAGCCAUAGACCUGGCACAGCUGCGGGAGUGGAACGGAACACCGGUCACGCUAUACCACGGCUGUAUUCACGACAUGAUCCGAGAAAGGGCGAGCUCCCUGGGGCAGGCACAGCGGCCAGCAGUCUCUUCUUGGGAUGGGAGUUUGACGUACUGGGAGCUUGAGUACCUGUCCUCGACGCUCGCUUCCAUGUUGGUAGCCCAAGGCGUGAAGCCAAGGGGUGUAGUAGCGCUCUGUUUCGAAAAGUCUCUGUGGGCCGUUGUUUCCAUGCUUGCUGUUGCAAAAGCAGGCGCGGCUUUCAUCCAGAUCCACCCAGAUUACCCUCUUCAACGUUGCAAAGCCAUCUUGGAACAAGCUAAGCCAACUAUGGGCCUUGCCUCUCGAACCCAACAGCACAAACUGUGCGGCGUGCUCUCACAGGGCUCUGUCAUCACUGCGCCUUGGUCAAACAACUGCCUGGCACGAAUACCAGCCACAUGGCAGGACAUUGGACUGUUUUCGAGCCGAAGUGAUCCUUCAGAUGUGAUGUACAUGAUCUCGACAUCCGGCACCACUGGCACUCCAAAGAUGGUCGUCAUUGAGCAUCAAUCGUUCUGCUCCGCAGUCACUUCCAACAUGGGGGAGCUGCAGAUAAAUGCCGAGUCCCGAGCACUGCAGUUUACCGACUACUGUUUUGACGCAUGUUUGGAAGAGAUAUUCACCGUGCUCGUGGCAGGCGGGUGCAUCUGCAUCCCGUCAGAGACCCAACGCCUAUCGGAAAUCCCCGGGUUCAUCAAGCAACACAAUGUCAAUUGGGCAGCAUUCACACCGUCGUUCAUGCGCACAAUCCGACCCCAAGAUAUCGUCCCGCCUGUCAAGCGGCUUGUUGACGGAUGGGCCGGGAGGGUCCAAAUAAGGCCGAGCUAUGGUCCCUCAGAGUGCUCGGUGACCAGUUCGGUCGGCGCAGACUUCCACCUUGGUUCCAACGCGGCCAACAUCGGAUGGACCGUCGGAUGUCAUGCAUGGAUCGUCAGUCCGGAGAACCAUGAUAUCCUGAUGCCGAUUGGUGCAGUUGGAGAACUUGUGCUGCAAGGACCCAUCGUUGGCCGAGGCUAUCUUGACGAUGAUGCGAGAACGGCUGCAUCCUUUAUCUCGCCCCCGGUGUGGGCAGCUAAUUUUUGGGGAGGAAUUUCGGCAUCAGAUUCCAAUCUGGCUCUCAGAAUGUACAAAACUGGCGACCUUGUCAGAUAUGACCCCGAAGAUGGCUCGCUGCUGAUCCAGGCCCGGAAGGACGCUUCUCAGGUAAAGGUCCGUGGGCAGAGGAUUGAGUUGAAGGAGAUAGAACAUCAUUUGGACAGGAGCGGGGUCAUUCAACAUGGAAUUGCAACCGUACCUCGACAUGGGGAGCUACGUGGCCGAAUAGUGGCGGUUGUGAGCCUCUCAUGCCUCGACGGCAAAUUCCGCGUGACAAAUAUGCCGGGGGACCCAAACUACGAUACGAAUCGGGCCAGCCGCAUUCAGCUUGUGAGAACAGGAGCUUUUGACCAAGAUGAUGCUGAAAAGACUUCACAGUCUGUUCAAACAGCAAAGGAAUUCCUCUCGAGACACCUGCCCCGGUACAUGUUGCCUGAGACAUGGGUGCUGGUGGAGGAGCUGCCAGUAACUAUAUCGCACAAGGUGGAUCGAAAGCUGGUGACGCAGUGGGUCGAGCAAAUGGACAUGCAGUCACUGGAUUCAGUCCACGAACUGAAAGCUCUAGAUGGCUGUGACACUCAGGGAGACACACUUGACGAGGAGCAGCAAAAGAUUCAAUUCGUGUGGGGUCAGGUAUUGGGAAUCGACCCAGCCUCUAUAUCUAUUGAUCAGUCUUUCUUCCAGCUUGGCGGAAACUCACUGUCCGCUAUGGACAUCAAGCGUCAAUGCACGGUCCUUGGGCUUCAACUGUCAACUCAAGAUGUCCUGACCAUGCCGACCAUACGCCAACUAGCCCGUAUUGUGAAACAGAAGACUUCAGCCGACUCAGUCUGUCAACAGCAAUCGAAUUAUACUAUUGAUCGGCAUUCACUCAGCUCGAAUGUCAAAAACACUUUACACAGCCUUGGUGAUAAUGUUGAAUCCAUCAUGUACUGUUCUCCGUUCCAGAGGCGCAUGUAUAAGUCAUUUCAUUCCAAGGGCCGGAUACCAUACGUCUACAACAAUCUGGUGAAGCUCGACAGGCUGCAAAGUCGCGAAUCUCUUCCAUCCGAGCAACAUGAUCGGUCGGAGAUUAGUCGGCUGUUGCGUGCUUGGCAGCAAACCAUUGACCGGCACAGUAUCCUCAGAACAGUUUUUGUGGGCAGUGACUCCACUUAUGCUGCGGAUGAUCAGGUGUGUCAAGUUGUGUUGAAGGGCCUCAAACCCGACAAUGCUAUCUUCAAGGUGGCUUCGACCGAUGAUGUUCUGACAAAGAGCCAUGACCACCUUGAGACGUUUCGACAAAACGUGUUCAAGGAAAACUCGGCACCACAUUCGUUGGCUAUCUUAGUGGAUGAGAGUGACUCAGGGGCUUUGUAUAUGCACCUGAUACUCAGCCACAUGCUCGUGGACCACGUUAGCCUGGCCCAUAUUAUGACGGAUUUCGAUUUGUUUUACAGAGGCUGUACUGCUGAUCUGCUGCCUCCCUGCAAGCCUUUCGGCGAAUACAUUGCACGAACCAUCGCGCCUACCCCACAGCAUGGUGACGAAGGAGGUGAUACCGUCAAAACAUUCUGGCAGUCAGCUUUGCACGACGUUGUGCCGUGCAUCCUGGAAAGCCAGCAUCUCUCAGGGACGCUAUUCCCCACAAGAGACGUUCCCCUGGUGGACAAGCCCGCCCACACAGCCGGCAAGUACAUGGAAUCGGUCAAGUCCACGUUGGACAUCACAGAAUCCAUGCAUCAGUUGUGCCGAGACGCGGAAGUAACCCUGUCCAACCUGCUGCAAUUCGCCUGGGCAGUGCUACUACAUGUCCUCACCGGCAACCACGCGGUGUGCUUUGGACAUCUGGUGUCGGACAGAGACCAGGUUGGUGAUGACGAGCUUGAGAUCGUGGGGCCUGUCUUGUGCCUGCUGGUUGGGCACGUCGAGUUUUCGCAAAGCUCGGGGACUUUGCUAGAUGGGCUGCGUGCUCUUCAGAAGUGCAACGUUGAAAGUAUCUCUCACGCAUAUUCAUUUGAUUUGACGAGUAUUGAAAAGCACCUUGAAUCCGAAAGACAUCAGUCCGAGUCUCGUGGUUCGGCUGCAGCAUCUGGACAAGAAUUACUUCCGCCAGUCUUCAACACAUUGAUCAAUUACCGGAAGAUCGACUAUCAUUCUACGCACAAUGGCACCACCACGACGAGCUACCCAUCAAUUUGGAAACAGGACCCACAGGAGCAAGACAUCAUUCUCUCUUUCAACGAGAGAGGUGACUCCAAGCUCGAUGCCGAAAUCACUUAUUAUACCGGCAUGUUCAAUGAUGCAUCAAUGGGGAUCCUGGUGGGCAGGUAUUCUCAGGUCCUUGACAUAUUAUCAGCAGUGCGGCCGGAUUCGAUGGGGGUGGUAAAGGAGGCUCUAUCAGGUCUUGUAGAGUAG